AUGACAACAUCAAAUAUAAGUGUAACAGAAAAAGUGGAUGCCACUUCGAACACGUCAAAGAAUAUUGCUAAAGCAGCAGUGGUUGAUCUGCAACCCAUGGAAACUUUUGUUCUCGUUUGGCUCUCUACUAAUGCUGAAAAGAUAACUGAUAUUACCAAAUUACGUUGUAUCGUCAAUUAUAUGAGAGUAUUCAAUGAUCCGAAUGCGUGCAUAGACUACAUCACUAAUCGGCGGCAGGAAAAAGUCUUUGUUAUUGUCUCCAGCUCGGUAGGCGAACAAAUCGUUCUUCUCAUCGAUCAAAUAGACGAAAUUGAUUCAAUUUAUAUUUACUGUCCAAAUGAAGCCGAAUGUGCUGCGCUAUGGGCGCAAUCCUAUCGGAAAGUCCGCGGUGUUUUCAUCGAUAUUGAUUCGAUCUGUGAACAGUUAAAUAAGAACACUCGACAAUGUUCGAACAAUCUGAUGCCGAUGUCAUCGAUUCCGUCCUCAUCCGCAUUCACAAACAUUGCCAACAGAGAACAAGUGUCAUUGAUGUAUUCUCAAUUGAUUCGAGAUUUAUUUCUCGUCUUAGAACAUCCAAUAGAUCAACCAUGCCACUCCCUCCGCGAAAUGAUCUUGCAUUUCACUGUGCAGUUUGAGGGCGACGAUUGCGGAAAAGCCUUGCUCGAAGAGAUCGAGCGCGAUUAUAAUGCAGUGCUAACGGGAGAUGUCAAUACUGUUCCACAAUAUAAAUCUAUCUACUGGUACACUCGAUGUCGGUUCAUCUUCGAAACCCUUAAUAAAGCCUUGAGAACACAAGACAUUGACAUGCUGUUCACAAUGCGCUUUUUUAUCGUUGAUCUUCACAAACAACUGCAAGAAUUGCAUUCAUCUGCAGCACCAGCAUCACGGAUGUCGAUGACCGUGUACCGUGGUCAAGUAAUGUCCAGUGAAGAGUUCGAGAAACACAGAUCAAAUAUUGGUGGUCUCUUGUCAAUAAAUAAUUUCUUAUCGACAAGCGCAGAUAAAUAUGUGGCCGAAUUAUUUGCAGAUGCUAGUACGAACGAACCAGGCAUGGAGAAGAUUCUAUUCGAAAUCGAAAUUAACCCUCAAAUUGGCAAAAACUGCCCCUUUGCUAACAUCGAACACUUGAGUUCCUUUCGAACAGAAUCCGAAAUUCUCAUUUCCAUGGGCAGUGUAUUUCGUAUUCGUUCAGUGGAAAAAAACAUCAGCGGUGUCUGGAAUGUGGAUCUCAAAUUGACGGAUGAGGAAGACGAGCAAGUAGAAGCGUUGACUGAUGGUGUUUGGGAGAAAAUAAGAUCGGAUCAUAAUUUACUUUGCCUGGCUAAAUUGAUGCGUUUGAUGGGCAACUACGAGAAAGCUGAGAUGUUCAUUGAUGAACUAAUGAGCGCGACACUUUUUUGUCGGUAUCUAGAGAACUUGGCUCUGGUGAUAAAUGAAAUUGGACUGAUUUAUGAAAAAAAAGGCGACCUCACAACAGCGACAUUAUAUUAUCAAAAAUUCGUUGAAAUGAAACAAAAGAGACAGUUUAUCUGGUCUAAUUAUAUGUUUUUGUCAGUAGAUGUGACAACCAAGACUCUCCUAAACUACCUCCAGAAUAUAGAAAGUAACAGUAACCAAGAAUUGAACACAUUGAAAAAAUCGUUUGAAAAUGAACAGAACAAAGAAGAGCCCAAUCGAGAAAAAUUGGCCUUUUGUUGCAAGCAAAUGGGUGAAAUCUAUGAAGAACAAGAGAAUGACACCGAUGCACUCAGAAUGUAUGAGGAAAGUUUGAAACUAUUUUCCUCCAUUGACUCAUCGACUAUACGAACUUCUUCAAUCAUUGCUUUCCUGCACGCUAAACUAGGCAAUACGCAAGCAUCGGAAAAGUAUAUUGAACAGACGCUCAAAGAACGACUUCAUUUUCGACUCAAUGAUCGAGAGUUUGUCAAGAGUUACGAGGGAAUCGGUCUCAUCUACGAAAUCCAAGAAAGAUACCCCGAUGCUGUCAAGAUGUACGAGAAAAUAUUAGCCUAUCCAUUGGACAAAAAUCCAAAUUGGAACAUUGUUCUCCCAAAUAUUGGCUAUGUGUAUGAGAAACAAGGCAACUACUCGGCUUCAUUGCAAACGUACGAGCGUUUGCUUAGUAUUCAAUUGGAUAUGUUUUAUCGGGACCAUCCGCUGGUGGCAGACACAUAUGCAUCGAUAGCACGCUUACUUGAUGGUCAGCAAAAAUAUAAAGAAGCUUACACGAGUCUAGCAAACGCACUCAAAAUUGACCUUAUUACGAUGACUCCAAAUCACCCAUGGAUUAAAAAACGGCAGGUCGAGAUCGACUUAAUCCGACAAAAGAUGGUAGUGGAAUCAAUUUCUUGA